ACAAUACACAAGAUGAAGACCACUAGCACCCUCAUUCCCCUUAUCUUCGCCGCAUCCACUUAUGCUCAUGGCAUUCUUCACCAAAUAACGAUCAACGGCAAAUCGUUCUUGGGAAACGGUGUCAACGGGGGCACACCCAUCUCCAGUAUUAUCCGCCAAGUUUCCACUCCAAACCCUAACAAGGGUGCGAGCAAUGCAGCACUCAACUGUGGGCCUAACGCCCAACCCGCGACCCUCGUUGCCAACGCGAACCCCGGUGACCAGUUUGGCUUUGAUUGGAAAGGUGCUGAUGGCAGCAACUGGCCUCACAAUACCGGCCCAAUGCUCACAUACCUAGCAUCUUGCGGGUCAACGACCUGUGACAAGUUUGACCCACAGACCGCCAAAUGGUUCAAGAUCGACCAAGUAGGUCGUGCUCCUGGCUCAGCGGAUUGGGUUCAACAAAGUCUUAUGACCGGCUCCCUCGCAAGCGUAAAACUCCCAUCCAACCUCGCACCAGGAAACUACAUGAUCCGCCACGAAAUCAUCGCUCUCCAUCUCGCCACAUCCCUCGGCGGCGCGGAGUUCUACCCCGCCUGUGGGCAGCUCACAGUCGGCGGUUCGGGCACUGGAGUUCCCGAUGUUUCGGAGUUGGUCAGUUUGCCCGGGGCGUACAGCGACAAUGACCCUGGCAUCUUUGAUCCCCAGGUGUUCGAUGCCAGUGCACCAUACACCUUCCCCGGUCCUCCUAUCGCUGCAUUCGUGAACGGUGGCACUUCUACUCCUGGUAACGCAACCACGACCGCAUCAUCUUCAACGGCGUCGGCAACCAAGACCGGUGGUGCCAAACCCACUGGGACGUCGACGACCUCCUCCAAGGGGAAGUCGUGCAAACUUAAGAAGGGCAAGACUGCCUCUUCGUCCGUCGUUCCCUCGGCCUCCGCGGCGGCGGCUAGUGCCACCACCACCGACAUGUACCCCCGACACUUCAGCAGGGUCAUGCGCAGACUUGCACUUGGCCGCAGUAUCUGAAACGCCUGUGACUCAAACGACACCCCAUGAUGACAUGCGCGAGCGCGCUCGCGAUUAUGACUCUCGCUGUUUGGAUAUCGUCUUGUUGUAUCGAUACUCACUCAUUCGUCGCUGUAGAUUAUGUUGUAUUUGUUCUGUCGCAAGCUCGAUGCUUGCCUGCAUUCAUAUUAUUGGUUGUAUACAUAGCACAUAGCUAUUAUUGGAAUAAAAAUUCGGUCACUCAUUC